AUUCGUGUCCCCGUGAAGAUUACAUUCACAAUCAUUGCAUGUAGCUAGUGUUGGAUUAAUUCGCAUAUUUGCUGAGUAUUUUCUUCUUCUUUUUUCGCCGAAAUAUUUUUGGUUUGCAUAUUAUACUAAAUGUAUUUUAUGUUUGUAGCUUGGUGCAUGACAUCUACAAAGGACUUUCCCCCCUGUGGUUAAUGCAGCUCGUGACGUCAUUGUUUACAGACUGGUCACAGAUAUACAAAUAUUUUGUUGCGGUAGUACAAGAGGAAGGGAAGUGGAGGAAGCGAAUUCAAGAUAGCGAACGAGGAGACAGUGGAAUGUAAAUAGUAUGGCUGUCAGCCAGCGAAGCUCGUUAAACGUUUUCUGUUGAUUGGACCAAUAACAGUCUAAAUUUCACUACUUUUUUGUUGUUGUUGCCAUUUACGCUGUCAACUGGCUUCGUGGUAUGGUACCAUUUUUUAAAGAAUAUGGUUACUCGAAUUCACCAGCUGAUAUUUUCAGACGAAGCUAAGAAGUCAACAAUGCCGCAUUUGAUAUCCUAGAAACAUACUGAGUCAUCCAUGUCACGAGGCAAGGGACAAGCUUGACCAGCUCCAUCUCCCUUGUAACUUGUCCAUCUCUCUGGUGUAUUCCAUUGUAUAGUCAGGAAAAGCACAACUUUUAUAACCAGAUAAGUUGUGCCUCCCCCAAAGAUAACUUUGCUCUAGUUUGCAGCUGUAGAAUGGAAAUGGAAAGAGGCCGUGCUGAAAAUUCUUCUGAAUGACAUAAAACCGACAGAGCGACUGUGGAUUCUGCUGUAGCCGUCCAUCAACCCUGUUUUGCAAACUAAGGACACUGUUACUCAGGAAUACCAGUGAACUGAUUGUCGAGUAGAUUUCCCUCAAGAUUCACCUAGAAGGUCACUGCCAACUUUUAAAGCCUUGAAUAUUGUUAAUGUAAAGGGCUGAGUUUGUUUUUCUAUGCUUAUACAGCCUAAGCCUGAAGUAGUCUUUACCGACGACUUGGCCUUAUUUUCUAUUGAUUAAGGGCUACGUUGAACAUUAUCCGGCUAUGGCAGAUUCUGAGAUAGUCAGAGAAGAGCUCCUGAGCGUUGUCAAAGAUGACUGCUCUCUGACAGAGGCCAUUUCUGAGGAGGGUGGCCAUGCACCAGGGUCCUCUGUAGCUAAAGAAAGCCACAAAGCAGAGCCCUUGGACCGUGAAGAUUCCACCGAAGUCCCAUCAGUCAAGACCCCAAUUAUGGAAGCAGAAGGUUCUGGCAAACACAGUGGAACCGCACUCACGCCAGCCGCCACAUGUGCCGUCGUGUCUGAAAACGGCACAACAGAAGACGCUCAAUCCACCCCGCAGAGCCAAACUCUGACCGAAGUGAAUGGGGAGAGCUCAGAGGCCAUGUUUGGAAGGCCGGACGAGAAUAGCCAGUCGGCUACAAGCGACUCUCCUUCCUUCUCCAUCCGCAGCCUGGAGUUCUUCGAGGGCAACACCGGGAAUGACGAGCCAUUGUCGUCCUACUCUGCCCUGGGCGACGAGGGCUGCUCCCCCUCUGCUGAUGUCCCCGGCCUGGUCAGUGACGUCCUGGCUGCCACGGGAGGGGCCACCGCCGCCCCAGAGCCCAUGACGCCGGCCUACUACUUUGUGAAAUGGAUCACCUGGAAGGAGAAGAAGACACCCAUCAUCACGCAGAGUGAGAACGGGCCCUGUCCCCUGCUGGCCAUCAUGAACACCCUGUUUCUGCGCUGGAAGGCCAAGCUACCCGCCCAGACAGAAGUAGUCACCACAGAAGACCUGAUGGCUCACCUUGGAGAGUGCGUAUUGUCCAUCAAACCCAGGGAGAAGGCUGAGGGAAUGGAGCUCAACUUUCAGCAGAACAUGAGCGAUGCCAUGGCAGUUCUGCCAAAGCUGUCCACGGGCCUUGACGUCAACGUGCGCUUCACAGGCGUGUCAGACUUUGAGUACACACCAGAGUGUAUCGCCUUUGACCUGCUGGAUAUCCCGCUCUACCAUGGCUGGCUGGUGGACCCUCAGAGCCCUGAGAUGGUGGCAGCGGUGGGAAAGCUAAGCUACAACCAGCUGGUAGAGAAGAUCAUCGGCUACAAGCAUUCAGAAGACAGCAGCCGUGUCAGUGAAGGUUUGGUGGCAGAGCAGUUUCUGGAGUGCACAGCGACCCAGCUAUCGUACCACGGACUUUGUGAGCUCAACACUAAAGUCAAGGAGGGCGAGCUGUCCGUAUUCUUCAGAAACAACCACUUUAGCACCAUGAUAAAGCACAAGGGCCACCUGUACCUGCUGGUGACAGACCAGGGCUUCCUGCAGGAGGAGGGGCUAGUGUGGGAGAGCCUACACAACGUGGAGGGCGACGGCAACUUCUGCAACUCAGACUUCCGCCUGUGCCACCCGCCCCAGAGGAGCGUCCUCGUGACACAGCCCGACAGUCUCACGCCCCAGCAGCAGCAGAGACAGAUCGACCAGGACUACCUGGUGGCCAUGUCUCUGCAGCAGCAGCAGCAGGGGGUGGCUCCGGGGCCCCUCAGUGACCUGGACCUGGCCAGACGGCUGCAGGAGGAGGAGUACCAGAAGCAGCAGCAGCAGCAGCAGAAACAAGGUCCCUCCCAGGCCCCAGCACAGCAGGUGAGACGUCAACUGGCAGCCAAGCCGGGAGGUCAGAGGAGACGGGAGAAAAAGGAUGAUUCCGACUGUGCCAUAUUAUAGCGACACCUAAACUUACCCUAUUCCCCCAUGAGCCUGCACUUAAUUGCAUUAAGCCAACCCCUAACACAUACACACACACACAGUUAGGGGAUUGUGCCCCUGCCAUCUCAAUGCCAAACUCACCCUUCACACUAAACCUCGAGGUUGUACCUCCCCAUCUCUCACCCUUGUUCUUCUUUGAACAUCCAGGCCAGAAGGUGGCAGUACUAGUCCUGCUUUGCUAGACCUCAGAACAGAAUCUAAACGUGAAUUGAGGCUGCAGAGAGGAAAUCCAAUGCCAUUGGUUGGUUACAGCAGAGAAUCAUAACCAAGACACGUCACAACCCAGGUAGAGUCACACAUCAGGGGUUGUCUUCUAUUCAGCUAUCACUGCCCCUCUUGAGAAAUAUGAGCGAAGUUUGUAACUGUGAUCUUGUUUGGUUUCUAUGGCAACGAGGUAGACAGUGGUCUGAUUUUGUAAGCUAAGUGGACAGAAAGUGAAGGUCUAAAUUUAAAGGGAAGUCACUACUCUGACCAACUGAUGCAUCUUAAUGGAUGAUGCAACUUUUGAAAUGGCAAAAAAAAGUUCAAUUAAGAGCACAAAGACAACCCCCCCCCCCCUUCUUGCUACCUUCUCGCCCUAGAAAGAUCUGUUUUUAAGCAAACUGUAGGGUAGUUGUCAUCUGACUCAUUUAAGCCAUGAUGGAAACUCGAGUACAUUCUUGUCCUAUACAGAACAAUGCACAAUUAUGCCUGGGUUGAGAAAUGGGCUCUGCAAGCCCGACGAACGAACGAAGAGAUGGCCUUUUCUCCCAAAGUCCUAUCUGCUAGAGUAAGCAUGGGCUUUUCUUUCCCUGUCAUAUAGUGUACUAUGCUGUAGUUAGUAGCAGGGAGGAAUUAUGCAGAAGUAGAAUAGUAUGGGCAGUGAAGGGGAUCUGCUGGAGCAUCUUUUGUGGAUGACUUUUGAGAUCAUUGGAGGGUUAAAGAUGACUAUAUGGGAAUAAGAGUCGCAUUAAAGGUCCAAUGCAGCUGUUUUGAUCUAAAUUUUAAAUAAUUGAAAGGUAAGAAUUUUAAAUGUCAAAAAGAAUCAAAUAGCUUCUUAGGAAAGAGCAAUUUCUGGAGCAAGAAUUUUGAUAGACCACUCGCAGAUAAACGGUCCUGAGUGGGGAGGGGAAACCUGAAAAUUAGCUGAGAGGUUUGGAACGCUUUCUUAUUGGUCUAUUAACCCAUUUCAGGCAGGCCCAAAUGUCAUCCCAAAACCACAGGCUAACAUUUCUGAAUUUAACAGUAUUAUUCCAACAUCAGUGUGGAAAUAAAUAUAUAUAUAUACUGAACAAAAAUAUAAAGCAACAAUUUCAAUCAUUUUAAAGAGUUACAGUUCAUGUAACGAAAUCAGUCAA